UGUGUGCCACCACCAUCAAACCCUUUCAUUACUUUUCCGGCGACACUUCCUCUCCGACAACCGGAUUCAGGUGACCACCGCUGUCACCCUUACUUUUAACUAUUAAUUUCAUGCUUAUACUACGUAUACAUACCCUUACGCACCUCUACAUACAAUUGUAAUUGUAAAGUAAUCACAUUUUUCAAAUAAUGAAUACAAAUACCAUAAAACCCCUAUUCAGGUAUCGAUUUCUAUAUGGCCCGAAAAAUUUCUUGAAUCAUUUUUGUUCAUCAUCAGUAGCUAGUUCUAUAAGUGUAAAUUAUACAUAUAAUGAUGUUAUAAAAAACCCAGAAUCUGAAAUUAGAAAACUUUUAGCAAAUGCCCAGUUUGUUGAUUCUGUUUUACUUUUCGAGAGGUCGGUUGAUUCGGGUGUAGGCUUGUCGUCUUCGACAUGUAAUUUUGUAGUGGAACAAUUAGGUAGGAAUAAUAAGUAUGGUUUAGUUUUGCAAGUUUAUAGGAAAAUGACCAGUGUAGGGGUAAAGCCUUGGUUUCUUUCGUAUGGUGCGGUGAUAGAGAGUUUGGUUCAUAUUCAGAAUCCUGAGUAUGCUGUUUCGGUUUUGGGGUUGAUUGUGAAAAGUGGGUUUAGUGUUAAUGUGUACCUUGUGAAUCUUGUGUUGAAUGGUUUAUGUCGUAAGAAUAUGGUUGAUGAUGCUUUAGGGCUUUUUCGUCAGGUGUCAAAGUAUGGGGUAGGUCCGGAUGAAGUGACGCUUAAUACGCUUGUUUUUUGGCUUUGCAAGAUUGGUAAAUGUGACGAAGCGAUGGAUUUGAAGGGUGAAUUGGAGGAGUUAGGUUGUAGUGCUAAUUCGGCUACUUAUAAUGCGUUGAUAGAUAACUUUUGUCGAAUUGGUGAGAUUGGAAAGGGGAAAGAGGUUCAUGAUGAGAUGGUGAGUAAAGAGAUUUUUCCCUCGAUAAAUAUAUACAAUUCUUUGGCUCAUGGUCUUUCCAAGGACGGAAAAUUUCAAGAAGCUAUGGGCAUAUUAAGUGAUAUGAUGAAACAAGAGAUCUUGCCAGAUGUGGUUACUUAUAAUGGUUUAAUCCAUGGGCUUUGUCAUAAUGGGAAAUCUAAGAAAGCUUUAGACUUGCUUGACCUGAUGAUAGAAUGGGGUGAAGAGCCAAACGAUGUAACAUACUCGCAUCUAAUUCCCGGGUUAUUUAAAGAGGGGUUCGUGAUUGAUGGUUUUCAUGUAUUGGAAACUAUGAUGAAGAAGGAUAAGAAACCUGUCAUGGAACUUUACAACAAAUUAAUUAAAGUUCUAUGUGAUCAGGGAAAGGUUGACGAUGCAUUGAUACUCUGUAACACGUUGAUUGACAAGAAUGAUGUGAAGCCAAAUGUUAAGAUGUAUACGUUGCUUAUUCAAGGUCUCUGUAAAAGAAACCGUCUUACUGAGGCAGAAGAAGUUUAUGAGAAGAUGCUAGGAAAUAAACUUGAAGCUAGUGUGGUAACUUAUAAUUCACUUAUAGAUGCUUACUUGAUGAAACAGGAUGUAGAAAGGGCGAUGGCGUUAUGGAAGCAAAUGACCCAACGCGAAUGUAGUCCAAACAAUUAUACUUUCAGUGUCAUGAUUAAUGGGUUUUGCAAAUUAGGCAUGGUUAACAUUGCAAAAGGGAUUUUUAUUAAUAUAAAAAACCAUGGUCCACCUCCCAGCGUGUGUGACUACAAUACAUUGAUGUUGGCACUAUGCAACGAGGGUAGUUUGGAACAAGCAACAAUGUUGUUUGAAGUAAUGGGAAAUGGGAACUGCAAGCCAGAUGUUGCUUCAUAUAAUAUUAUAAUUGAUUUAUCAUUUAAAGCAGGGAAUUUAGAGUAUACAAAUAAAUUACUCUCACUGAUGCGAACAAAGGGCGUGGAUCCUGAUAUGUACACGUUCUCCAUAUUGAUUAAUAGGUAUUGCAAACUAGGUGAACUGGAGGACGCAAAGAGGAUGCUGAAAGUAAUGGUUUCACGCGGUUUCAUGCCAGAUAAAUAUGUAUAUGAUUCGUUGUUAAAAGCUUCAUGUGAAAAUGGGGACACGGAUGAGAUCUUCAAGUUACUUCGUGAAAUGGCUAAAAAGGGAAUUGCACUUGAUUCAAAGUUAACGUCCACUAUCUUGACGUGUAUGUGUCAUACCUCGGAUGAUGUUGAUAUUAUGGAGCUUUUACCAGAUUUCUCUCAAGAAACUUCAGAAAAAGCUAGAAUCCCAUGUAGUGAUUUACUAGCAAAGCUCCAAACACGUAGAUCUGACCUACAACUGUCCGCUUCUUGAUAUGCUUCAUAUUCAGAACUGCUAACAAAAAUCAUAUGAUUUUCAAGGCUCAAAGCCAACAGUUCAAAGUUAUAAUCUCAGAGGCUCAAAGCCAAAAAGACCUAUGAACACGCUUAUCUUAAAGAUUUUAUUGCCAACCAGUGUGAUGGGCACUGUGGCCAUACUGUGUGGUUCUGGAUGCCGACAGAAAUACAGAAUGAUAAAAAUAGUGGGUCACAGGUUACCAGAAGUGAAGUAACCAGAUCAUGAACACCUGUUGUGUGCGAUUAACUAACUGCCCACAUCUAGACAACAGCGUGUUGGUUUAGGAAUUGUGGCUCAUGCAGUAGUAGAUCUGUUCAGAGUAGCUUAUCGAGUAUUCACUAUUAUUACAAGAAAACAUAAUCGGAGUUGGGUGUGGGCAGUUGUAGAAUCAAAUACUGUUACCGUUCAUCUUUAUCGUUCAUCUUUACACCUAAAACAAACAAAAAUUAUAUGCACAUGCAUACCCUGAACUCUUUCCAGAUAUGCCCCUGGAUGCAGAGGGUGACAGUAAGUCGGGUGUGGGUGACAAAUUUGUUGCGAUCUAUCAAAGAGAA